AUGAACAAAAUUUACUCAUCAUCAUCAUCAAGAAAGAACAAGAAGAAUGAAUAUACGAACCCGAUUAGCCUCGAGUUGGCACUCGACCCAAUUUCCCCUUCGAUUUCGCCUCCUUUGAGCCCAUUCGAGCAAAGGGUCUUUUCGUGCAAUUAUUGUAGAAGGAAGUUUUAUAGCUCCCAAGCCCUUGGGGGCCACCAAAAUGCUCACAAAUUGGAGAGAACCUUAGCCAAGAAAAGUAGAGAGUUGGGUUCGUCUGUUGGGCCUCGGUUGGGCUCGAAUGUUGGGCCCGAGCGGUGGGGUCGGGCCGGCGGGCUUGUGGGUAUAGAUUUGAAUUAUGGGUAUGUUGAUAAUUGGUAUGAUGGAGAUGAGGUUAUUAGUGUUGGUGUUCAUCAAGAGGAGGAAAUUAGCCAGCUUGAUUUGUCUUUGAGGCUUUGA